AUGAAAUACGAAAUUAUCAAUUCAACACAGAAAACCAUUGCCCAUACAAAAGUAUUAACUAAUUACGGCAAUUAUGUAAAGGCGCUUUCAUACUUUCCUAUUGAAUACAUCGAAGAUGAAUAUAUGGGAACGUUCCGUAAAGAAACGGCGAAAUUCCCGAUAUCUUUCUAUGGAAUAAUCAACUGUACUGUUUUUGUGAUAAUGAAAUUUGAAGAUUUCGAGAAAGUAAAUCUUGAAGGCAGUGGUAAGCAUUUCGAUAUCAUUCUGAUAUGGAACAUUAUGGAAUACAAAAUAGAAUGCUUUGUUUGA